AUGGUGAGGAACGUGGACGACUUCGACUUCUGCCUCGCAUCACAUGCCCAGAGCGUGCUGGAAGGGCUGCAGCGCCUGCGCGCCAACCCCAAGCUCUCGGACGUGACACUGCUGGUGGGUGGCCGGGAGUUCCCCUGCCACCGCGGCGUCCUGGCCCUCUGCAGCCACUACUUCGAUGCCAUGUUCUCUGGCGACUUCGUUGAGAGCAUCACCGCCCGGGUAGAGAUCAAGGAGGUGGACCCCAGCGCGCUGGAGACACUGCUUGACUUCGCCUACACAGGGAAAAUUACCAUCAACCAGGCAAACGUGGAGGGGCUCAUCCGCACCUCAAACCAGCUCCACUUCCCCACCAUCCAGAAAGUCUGCAGCCGCUACCUCCGGCAGCAGAUGGAUGCCACAAACUGCCUAGGUAUCUGCGAGUUUGGAGAGAGCCACGGCUGCCCCGAGGUGUCCUCCAAGGCUUGGUCUUUCUUGCAGGAGAACUUCGAAGCUGUUUCUCACCAGGAGGAGUUCCUUCAGCUCUCCAAGGAGAGGUUGGCCAUCUACCUCUCCAAUGACCAGCUGCAGGUGCAGGAGGAGCAGAGCCUGGCCGAGGCUGUGCUGCGCUGGGUGCGCUACGAUGUGGGGCCCAGGUCCCAGUUUCUGCCCGAGCUGCUGGAGCUGGCCCACCUCGUCUCGCUGCCGGACCAGUACCUGCAGAACCUGCUCGCUGCCGAGCCGCUUGUCCGUGACUCGGAUGCCAGCAAGGCCGUUGUCACCAGAUACCGCACCACGGGGGGAAGCAGCUCCAGCACCCAGAAGAGGCCCCUCGCCCUGCCGCAGAAGCUGGAGGAGGUGCUGGUGGUGGUCGGCGGCCGGGUCCUGGAGGAGAAUGAGGAUGAUGACGGCAGGGUGGACACGCCGGCCACCCCCAGGAACUUCGCCUUCUACAACCCCAAGAGCAGGAGAUGGAUGGCUCUGCCUGACUUCCCAGAUUACAACAAAUGGGGCUUUUCCCUGGUGGCUCUGAACAACGACGUGUAUGUCACAGGUGGCUCCCGGGGGUCCCAGAACGACACGUGGUCGACAACCCAGGCCUGGCGCUUCUGCCUCAAGGACGGUGCUUGGAAGCCCAUCGCUUCGAUGCUGAAAGCCCGAACAAACCACACCAGCGCCAUCCUCAAUGGCGAGAUCUAUGUCAUUGGUGGUACCACGGUGGACGUCGUGGAAGUGGAGUGCUAUGAUCCCUACAACAAGAGCUGGUGCGCCAUUAGCCCAGCCCUCAAGUACGUGAGCAACUUCACAGCUGCUGGCUGCCUGGGGAAGCUCUACCUCAUCGGCUCCUGUGCCGUUAAGUACAACGCCCUGACCCUGCAGUGCUACAACCCCGUCAGAGAUUUGUGGAGUGUAAUUACAUCCCCGUUCAUCCCAAAGUACCUCUCGGCCCCACGCUGCGCCUCCCUGCAUGGGCUAAUCUACCUCAUUGGUGACAACACGAAGAAGGUUUAUGUGUACGACCCGGAGGCAAACAUCUGGCAGAAGGUGCAGCUGCUCCACACGCUCCACGAGAACGGCGGGAUGGUACCGCUGGGCGACCGGCUCUUCGUCACAGGAGGCCACUGGAAAGGCAUGGACGGCGACUACCGGGUGGAGAUGGAGGUGUACGAUUGCGCCAAGGACCGCUGGACGAGGGAGGGCCCCCUGCCCUGCCUCUGGCUCUUCCACAGCUCUUCCUCCAUCUUCAUGGACACCUCAAAGUGGACAGAGGCGUUUGAGGGUGACCAUGGGUGGUAG